UAUACAUUUUUAAGCUUGCUAUAAUCCCUUAGCUCUCGAUAAAAGUGUAGGUUAAUGUGUAUUGUUAUCAUAACUAUUAUCAGCAUCCUACUAUUUGUCAUAAUGAUGUAUGUUUAUUAUGCAAUAAUCUACCUAAAAGGCACCAAUUUGAUUAUUUAUUCAUUUUACUUAGGAAAACGUAUAUUUAUGCCUGAAUAUCUCGUCAAUUUAUUAUUUUCUUUUGCAAAAUUUUCAAAUUGCAAUCUGUCACAGUAGAGUGACAACAGUUAACAUGUUAUUGGUAAAAUAAUUCGACUAUACGUAAACGUUGAUGUAUUAUAUAAACAACAUUCAAAAAUGAAUUUGUAGGAUAUCCUAAAACUGUGAACACUGAUUGUAAAAUAUAGGGGUCAGGCUCGAGAGAGACACCGCAUUAUGAAGACACGAUUGACGGACAUGGACUUGCUAUAGUGCAAAUAUCCCGUGCUAAGAUAAGCGGGCUUUUAGGUGACAAAGUUGGCAUCGUAUUCCGAUAGUAGAAUCUAUACAUGCUCUAGUUAUGAAGCUUAUUGUAAGCUUUGUGUUGCUGAAUUGGGUCGCCAGUUAUGCAUUAGCCAACUGUAGAAAUGGAUGGAUUACCUACGACGAAUGGUGUUGCCUGUUCUCCCACAAUCAGUUGACUUGGUCGGAAGCAUCUGAGACGUGCCAUGCCCUCCAUGCUCACUUGGCUACUGUGAUGUCGGCUGAAGAGCAGAAUUUCCUGUCAACACAGUUGCUUGAAUUACACAAAAACGAUCCAAAAUUAUCAUCGACACUUUAUUGGUUGGACGGAUCAGACUUGGAAGUCGAACACGUCUGGAAAUGGAUGACAACAGGCGAUAUCUUAACAUUUACUGACUGGGCUCCAAACGAACCCAAUAUGGGGGAAAACGAGGACUGUUUGAUUCUUUGGGGUGCCAGUAAGUUCCAGAUGGGGGACAACGCUUGUGCCCAUAAACGAAACUACAUAUGUCAGCAAACUGUCGACGUGGAUACAGGAAAUGAAUUUAUUGGUUAACAUUACAAAUAAAGAUUCAAUGCAACUCAC